AUGCAUCCAUUGCCGAAAGACGAUAGCAAGGCUGUCUAUGGUAUGCCGCACGGCAAGUAUGAGAGGGAGUUCAACAGACUGGAUCUUCAGCACGAAGCCGUAAAACUUGCAUUUGAGGGUCUCAACAUCUGUUCCGAACAGGUGGAUAGAGUUUUAGACCCUUUGGGUGGUCAGAAAAGCGUUCUAGACCUUGGCUCAGGCUCGGGAGUUUGGUGUAUCGAGAUGGCGGAGAGAUACCCACACGCAACCAUAUUAGGAGUAGACAUCGAACCUCAGGAUCGGUCAAAUGUUCCACCAAACUACCUAUUCGAGGUUUGGGAUGUAAAUUCCGGCCUAGAGAAGUUUUAUGGUCGGUAUGACCUCGUUCACACUCGCUUUACAACCGGAGUAUUUUCAAACCCACAAGCCGCGCUUAUCGAGAUGGAGAGAUGUCUCAAGCCAGGUGGACUCCUAAUCGUCAUCUCGGGUGGUUUGCUGCUCUCGGAAGAUCGUAAGACGAUGUAUCCGAUGUAUACUCGAGAAAAUCCGCGAGGUUCCUGGUUCCAACGUUCAGCUAUGGCGAUGUUUCUCGGAAUAAAAAAGCUGGGGAUUGAUGCCCAAUCAUUCGAACGUGAAAUUGAUAACGGCUUGUGGAAUCAUGAGCUUCUGGACCCGUCUUCCUGCGCGGCUGCCUUGAUUACCGUCCCGAUCGGACCUUGGCCAGCAUCUCCAGACGCCGAAGAGGCGCGGCGCCUCCAAAAGCUCGGAGAGUAUUGGCGUGAUAACGCCCUCAUUGUUCACCGACAUUGGGAACGCCUGCAUGAGGUUUCUGGACGCUCUCGCGCAGAAUGGAAACUUACUGUCAGGAACGUAGACGAAGAGGUUCGCCAGACCCGUCAUCGUGUGGCGAUGCGAAUGAGAGCAAUCUGGGGCCAAGCCCGAGGAGUUCACUCCCCUCUUUCAACGCCGUCCUGGCCGCCGACCCCAAGUAAGCCCCAUGGAUCCUUCCAAAUCGUCAGCAUACACCACUCAGAGGAUGAGUGGGCUCGAAUGGCGCAGGAGCAUCAAGCGACCAUUACGUCGGAGAUGCAUUCGUUCCUCGAUGUGGCAAAUUUUGACGCACUCCUAUGA